AGACAGAUUUUUACUACCCAACUAGCGCCAUCUAUCUCCCUCUUUCUAUUUGUGCGGAAUCGUCAAGAUGACGUCCAAAAUAAUUAAGUCCGGCGGGACGGAGCCCGAUCAAUUCGAAACUCAAGUUGCUCAUGCUCUUCUUGAGUUGGAGAUGAACUCUGAUUUGAAAGCCCAACUUAGGGAAUUACAUAUUACAAAGGCUAGAGAAAUUGAACUUAACAAUAAGAAGUCAAUAAUUAUUUACGUGCCGAUGCCCAAAUUGAAGCAAUUCCAAAAAAUUCAAACGAGGUUGGUGCGCGAGCUUGAAAAAAAAUUCAGUGGAAAGCAUGUAGUUUUUGUUGGUGAACGUAAAAUCCUUCCAAAACCAACGCGUAAAACGCGCACGAAGAACAAGCAGAAGCGCCCCCGUUCCCGUACUCUCACAUCAGUAUAUGAUGCCAUUUUGGAGGACUUGGUGUAUCCGGCAGAUAUUGUAGGGAAGCGAAUCCGUGUUAAACUUGAUGGUUCGCAACUUAUUAAGGUGCAUUUGGAUAAGAACCAACAAACGACUAUUGAGCAUAAGGUGGAUACCUUUGCUGCUGUUUACAAGAAAUUGACCGGAAGGGAAGUAACUUUUGAAUUUCCUGAACCUUAUUUGUAAAUGAUAAUGUUUAUUUAAUAAAACUUUUUUGAAAAGUUUUA